AUGAAACUGCUCCUACUGUUCCUGCUCUGUGUUUCCUCUGUUCAGUCCCAGGGCUCUCUCGACUAUGACGAAGAGGAUGAGAAGCCUGUGUUUGACGUUCGGGGCCACCGACCUGUGGACAAAAGGCGUGAGAUGGCGCCCACACUCCGACCUGUGGCACCUCCCAUCAGCGGGGCUGGAUACAGGCCCCGGCCCCAGAAGCAGCGGAAGACGGGGGACAAGAGGGAGCAGAUAGUCUAUCCUGAUGCUGGAGGCUGCAAGCAUGCACUGGAGGAGCUGGGAGUGCUGUGUCCAACUGGGUGUGAACUGCAAACUACACUGUUAAAACAGGAAAAAACUGUGAAAACAGUUAUUAAUGAUUUAAAAGUUAAAGUGGACACACUUUCGGAGAGCUCCUCAACUUUCUACGAAUAUGUGACUGUUCUAGAAGAUAAAUUGGUAAAGAGGCUAAAACAAAAAAAAGACAAUGAUAAUUUACUUUCUCAGUUCAACACAGAAGUGGAAUUGCAGUACAGUUAUAUAAAGGAUAAUCUGGACAAUAAUAUCCCAUCCAGCCUCAGGGUUCUUCGUGCAGUUGUAGAUUCUUUGCAUAAAAAAAUACAAAAACUGGAAAAUGCCAUUGCAACCCAGGUGGACUACUGUCGUUCCCCAUGUGCUGUUUCCUGUAAUAUUCCUGUGGUUUCAGGCAAAGAAUGUGAGGAUAUCAUCAGAAAGGGAGGCGAGACAUCUGAAAUGUACCUCAUCCAGCCAGAUCCUUUUGUCAAACCAUACAGAGUAUACUGUGACAUGGAAACAGAUAAUGGAGGCUGGACUUUGAUUCAGAACCGCCAGGAUGGCAGUGUUAAUUUCGGAAGAGUAUGGGAUCAAUAUAAAAAAGGAUUUGGAAAUAUUGCCAAGAGUGGAGGGAAGAACUACUGUGAUACACCAGGUGAAUAUUGGCUUGGAAAUGACAAGAUCAGCCAACUUACCAAAAUAGGGCCCACUGAAGUUUUAAUUGAAAUGGAGGACUGGAAUGGUGAUAAAGUAUCUGCUCAUUAUGGGGGUUUCACCAUACAGAAUGAAGGAAACAAGUAUCAGCUUUCAGUUAGUAAUUACAAAGGCACUGCAGGCAACGCGCUGAUGGAAGGAGCUUCCCAAUUGCAUGGAGAAAACAGGACAAUGACUAUUCACAAUGGCAUGUACUUCAGUACUUAUGACAGAGACAAUGAUGGAUGGUUAACUUUAGAUCCAAGAAAACAGUGCUCCAAAGAAGAUGGUGGUGGAUGGUGGUACAACCGCUGCCACUCAGCCAACCCCAACGGCAGAUACUACUGGGGAGGGACCUACAGCUGGGAUAUGGCAAAACAUGGGACAGAUGAUGGUGUUGUAUGGAUGAACUGGAAAGGGUCAUGGUAUUCAAUGAAGAAGAUGAGCAUGAAAAUUCGUCCAUACUUUCCACAGUAA